AUGCAGCUUACAAAUUUGGUCGGCCUCUGUGUCGUUGCCCUAGCUGGCUCUGCUGCCGCUAUGCCCUAUCUGUCUGGCCCAUACCACGGUGCUCGCAUCGCGGUCCAGGUUCCCACCAACGCAACUGGUGCCGACAAUGCUACCACCACUGGCACCGUUGGCAGGACAUCCUUGACUACGGGCUUGGCCACGAUCAGGAAGGGUACCAUUACGGAUAGCCGUCAGCAGAUUCACUCCAAGAAUGUCCCGAAAGUGAAGCAUGUGCCCAACCAUAUCAAGCACAUCAACCACUGCAAUGAGUUGUGUUCCUUGCAAUCUCAAACAUGCACCAUUGCCAUGCCUGAAGAUGACAAGUACUGUUGGCAAGAAUAUUUGCACUGCAAGGCUAAUUGCGUGCCGAGCGACUUCGAGUGA